GCCUCGACCAAUAGACGAGAGGGUGCGCGGUAGGGACGGUAGGGUUCGUUGCUGGCCGUUGCUCGCCAGUUGUCGCUGGCUGUUGCUGGAGAGAGCAUCACUCUCGUUCUCUCGCGCGAACAUGAUCGGGCAGAGACUGUGAACCGUUGAACCAAUCUGCAUCCUGAAAGACGCGAGCUUUCUUUCUGCAUGAAAUUGGCAAUCGAAGAAUCAACCGGCACGCCUCGACGAAACCGGCCUGAUCGUCGUCCCGUGAAUAAAUGUGUUUCACGCUGCAAACGACGGGCAAGGAUCGGCCAGAACAUUAGAAACUCAUCCCUCGAGGAUCCCCAACGUCGUGUGCGAGAAUGGUACCCACGAAAUGAGCGUCUGCCCGAACAACGAGCCAGUCAGCCUCGAGAUGGAGACGCAUCUCGAGGACAAUAGCCUGAAAGUGUCGGCGGUGCAGAACGUGGCGAGGCAGGAUUCAGGAGUGCCCGAGGAGUUGGUGUCACCCGUGGGCGACACCAGCAAGCUGAUGGACGAGGAUGAUCCCAACGGCACGAUGAACAGCGACUGUAACAUCACCGUGAUCCACGUGACGGAGUCUGAGUCUCGCAAAGCCGAUGAAACUCUGGCCAGCGACAGGAAGGAUUACGCGACCGAGGGAAAGGACAGCAAGGAUGGCAGCGACAGCGGCGUGGAGGGCUGCGCCACCGAGGUUCCCAGGGUCCGAAGUCGAAACAGCAUAGACUACGCGAGCAGUUGCGGAGGUCUGGACGAGGCAUCGUGCGACUCUAGCCUGGUGAGCUGUUGCUCCGUGUACGAGGACCCCUGCGCCACGUUACCGGACGAUGUGAGAUUGACCACCGGUGGCGAGGGCACCAGCGAAGGUGGCAGCGAGAGUUCCUCCAUCGCGGGCAGCGUAUCCGUCCGUACUAAUAGAACAAACACCAAGAGAACGGUAGCCGCCUCAGGCGUCAGUAAAAAGAAAACCAGCGCGACGGAGACCCAGAAGACCCCCCGUGUGAAACCAGCACCUGUUAGCACCAACUAUCUAACGACCACCCCUCGUUGCAAGCCGCGCACCGUCACCCCUAGGAGUAUCCUGAGUAAAACGCAGCCUGUAACGAGAGACAGGGCUAGGUCUAGGGAGAAAUCGACGGCGAAAGAGGGCUCCUGCGAGGCUACGCCGGUCAGUACCCGAACGUCGACGACAUUCCGUUCAGGGACGGUCGCUAUGCCUCCGAGGACGAGGACGAGACCGAUUCCCGAUUCACUGCCAUCAGCGUUGACUACGGAGAUCAACAAGGACCUCGCGCAACGCGGCCGAGGUCCCAGCGGCAGCUGCAGGUCCAGAGGAGGGUCUAGUACGCGCGGCGCACGCACGCCGAGCUCGACUCCGUCCGAGGAGGUACGCAAACCUUUGUCCACCCCCAGGGUACCUUACACUGGUCGCACCGACGCUGGAAGAGGUUCCAGAGUCGACAAGAUGACCAUCAGCGCCGACAACAAGGCCCUAGACACUUACGCGACCCUCCCUAGAAGGAACAGGACCAAGAUCACCGUUCCCAAGACCACCGAGAAGACCGACAAGAUUACUAGAAGUAGGUCUGGAAGCAGAGAUGCUAGUCUGAGCAGGCAAAUCGAGAGGAAGGUGCCGGGUAGAGAGUCCUCCGUUCACAAAAGCCUGCCGCCAUAUCCUAGACAUAAGAUAGCGGAGAAGACGCGCAUUUAUCACGAGACGAGCGUGCAAACUGGUUUGACGGGUCAGGAUAUCGAGAACGCAUUGUCCGGUGUGCCCAGCGCCGUUGCAGGACCGGAAGUGGUCGAGAGAUUGCACGAAGGCUGUCAGACCGAAGGUACGUGGGAGGACAUGCACACGAUGCAGAGCGAUCUGAAGCGAUUGAACGAGGAAACGUCGAGUCAGAAGAUGGAGAACGAGAAGCUGAAGGCGGAGAUCACGGAGGUGAAGCGUCUACUCGAGGAAGAACAGGCUGACCAUGCUUUCGCUAGACAGGAGCUGGACAGAAACGCGCAACGAGUGCUGGCGAUGCUUGGGACACCGCAGUCAGAGCAUGCAGAGGGCAGCGACAGUUUCCUGGAGCUCGAGUGCCAUUUGCAGUCUUCCGGACAAGUGGUUGCCAAUCAACAGCUAGAAAUAGCUGAUCUUCAGUCUUUGUGCCGUAUGUUGAGUAGGGAUUUGGAGAAGAGCUUGGCUGCCCAGAAGGCGUUGCUGCAACAGCAACAGGAGCUGGAGGCAGAGUCCGCCGAGAUGCAAGACUUCCUUCAAGAGGAGAAAGCUACUUUGGUGGAUUCUUUAAAAGAGGCGGAGACAGAGCUUUCGAAGAAGGAGGAGAUGUUGGCGAAACGCGAAGUGGAACUAGAAAGGCAAACCGAGGAGUGCCAGCAUUUAGUGCGAAUCAGUGAACAACGACGGCAAGAGAAUUUAUCUAUGAGCAUGAAACUGAACGCAGUCGAACGACGCAGCAGGGAACUGCUACUCACACAAGGAGCUGCUGUUUCCGGUGCUGCGGUCGCACUUUCCGGUCUGGGAACUCGACUAGAAGGACUGGUGGACCAGUUGAUAACUUCCUACAAUAUCUCGGUGAAAGAUCUCGAGGACGUGAUAUAUCAUAACGAAGCGUACAGCAGGAGCAACAGCAGCAUCGAGUCGAGUCCUGUUAGCUCGAAACAUAGUCUGAAAGAGUGUACUCCUAGUCCAAAAAGUGGUUCCUUCGUUUCCGCGGUAAUUGGGGCCAUCCGGAACGCGGCGACUCAUCCUUUCGCAACGAAAAGUACCGAUAAGAAGCCUACCUUAGAGACGGCCAAGCAGAUGUACAAAGAAUUGAGUAUGGAAUCGUCGUCGGACCUGCUCGAUUUCGAAACCGAACCGUGCUUGAUGAUGGAGAGCGUGCUGGAGGACGUUCCUCUGCCCGAUACCUAUUCGCACAAUAUGGUGUCGAGCAGCGAUUCUCUGCGCAGAGCGUUGAGCUUUCCCGAGACGGUAGACGAGAGUAAUUUGAAAAAGACUCGCAUCAACGACGAGUGCUCCAGCUUAACGAACCUUACUCAAGCGAUUCUGCAUCGUCGCAAGGUGGAAAACGAAGAAGACGACGAAUGCGAUUCGAUCACCGAGUCUGACACUGGAACCAACGAAGGUCCGCUGGCUUCGGAUUACUGUCCCGCUGUUAGUCUUGUUGAUCAAGUAAUCGACGUAGAUAAUCUUGUUACCAAAUUGUUAAAAGUGCUGCGGAUAAUACAGCUGGAUAACGACACGUGUAUACAGGAACUGAAAGAGGAGAAAUCCGAAUUAGAAACAAAGUUGGAGGUAACCGUAACGGAAUUAGAGGAACUUCGUAAGAUAGUGGAAAGCCUUCAUCAGUCGGAAGAGAUUUUAAGCAAUACGUCGGAUAGAAGGCGUAGCGUCAUGGAAAAUUGCCGUCUGCUGAUCAAAGAGGCGGGUAAGGAGGAAUUAAAAUUUCACGAGCCCGCAGUUGGUAGUAAUAGUGGCCCUGGAGAAGCUACAGAUUGCGAAGAUCUCAACGCGAACGCAGCGGCUCAACUUCCUUCCUAAACGUGUUUCCACAUGUCUGUUUCUUUUUUUUGGUAAUCGUUUUUGACGAUGUACGCCCGUUUUAUCGAGUCUCUAUCGACGUUCGCAUAACUGUUCGUUGACGUUCAAGCGAGAUCCACGUCGAGAUGUCCUGGCGAAACGUCCGAUAGAGAGUCAACGACGUGCAUACUUUGUUCUUCGGUGAAUUAUGCCAAGGUGAUUUUUGGUAAUAUCGUAGUCCACAGACGGCAGGCAUUUUGCGUGUGUCGAUAUCAUGUACAGCUUUCUUCGUUCCGUCGCAACGGCAGGUAUAUUCAUACGCAUUGCUUUAGUAUUUUAUCGUUGACUCGUAUCGUGUAUAUAACAGUAAAGAUUCCCCAUAAUUUUCGAGCUAAAUCGUAGUCUGUGAUCGCGAUCCGAUCGUAAUUUACAUCAUACUUUGAAUCAUUAUUAUCAUUUCGCAUAGCGUUGUCGAACUAAGGGUUAAUUACUCCGCGUUAGAAUUAAUUGCGGUUAAUUGCUUAAAGAAGAUGUAGACGAAUCAAGGAAAACUUAAUUGCGACUAGCGAAUGAAUUCGUCACGCCCAUCGAAUUCAUUUCGUCGUGCAAUAACGAUGAAGAUUUUCAAGAGUAUUAAUUCCUAGGGAAGCAGAUAGAUUUUAACGUACCUUAACCUAUUCAUUCAAGUUUCAUCCCUUUAUUUCUAAUACUAAAAAGCACGUGUAAUCUAUUAACGCGAAAUACAGGGUACAUUAGUUUUACGAUCCAUCAUUAUAUCGGACGAAUUGGCAUUGUGUCAGCAAACGGAAUCUAUCUUCGACGAUUUAAGUGUCCCUAGAUUUUUUCAACAAUAAUUGCCGGUGUCUCUUUCGUUGGGCUGGACGCAAACUGUUCCCGUGAGUAUCAAAGAUGUAAAGAAAGAGAACACGUUAAACAGAGCUGCUUUCUAUUUUAACGGUGAGAUAUAUUUGAAAAAAAAAAAAACAUAUUCUUAUACACGCUUCCAUGAUUCACAAUUAUUCGUCACGUACGUUGAGAUGUAUU